AUGCCAGUGCAUGAGAAGUCCUUUGACUUGGAAGACCCGGCUUCGAUCAAGCUCAUCGUUUCCAAAAUCAUCGCGAGUCAAUACCUCAAGCAAUCCGAGUAUCUUGCAGCGGUGAUCUCUCAAUACCAAUGGCAGAUGUCCCGACAGGAGAGGCUGUCCAUCGACGUCGCAGACGUCGAGGGCCAGUGGAGCGAUUCCCAAGCCCUGGACAGGCGUAUGAGCGAGUACUGCGAGUCACUGGCGUGGAACAUGAUGCAGCUGGGUAUACCCUUUGAAGAGCCUGACGUGAGAAGUGUAAAGGACUGGCGAGACAUCAACGUGGACUACCAGUUCCUCUACAAGCAGUUCCAGGACACACGCCACCGGGCUGAGCAGCUCAGCUCCCUGAUUACCGGCCUGGCGAGCAUGGCUGGUAACAGGCAGUCCGUGUUUGAGGCCAAGAGCACUAAGACCCUGACUGUCCUGGGCCUGGUCUUUAUACCCCUGGCCUACACGGCGAGCUUGUUCAGCAUGGCCGAGCCAUAUGCCCCGGGCAACAGACUCUUUUGGGUGUAUUUUGCCAUAUCCGUACCGCUCAUUGGGCUGCUCAUGGCAGUCUACUAUCUUGUCGACAAGGGGCGGCAGGGGGGUUUGUGGCAAUGGGUGACGCCUCAUAGCAGCUAG